GCUUCUUUGGUUUGAUGGUGUUAAACUUUGAUUUUGUUCGACCGUUUUGAUAAGUGGCACGUUUUAAGAAUAUGUAUUUAACAGCGAUUUCACAGAGGCACGUUUCACAUCAGACUCCUUACAAAUUAGCUGCUAGCGUAAACGUUUGCGUGUCCACCGAUCGCCCGUACACAUUCAGGACCACGUUACGAUGGGCGCGUACUUGAUGACGUUGGCGUUGGAAGCGUUGGCGUUCGCGGUUUUCGUCGCCCUAGCAGCCGUGGUGCCAUACGUUCGGCGGAAACGUGGAUACUGGACCAGCCGUGGCGUGACGGUGGCCACGGGAGCGCGGGCGCUGGCCGCCACGGUGCCGGGCAUCCGACUGGACGAAAAAUCGCUGGCGCGGUACCGGGACAAGGCGGCGGCGGCCACUCUGGUGGGACUGCACGAUGCGGGCCGUCCAUGCGCGCUGGCGUGCGAUGUGCGCGUGGCCGCGGCCGCGCUGGGUAACGACGGUUUCAUCGAGCCGCUCGGCCGCACCGGUGCCGGCAGCCUGAUACCACGUGUAGUGAACGCAGAGACCGUCACUGCGAUGCUACCAGCUAUGUGCGAAGCCGUGACCGAGCUGAUCACUUCAUUGGAGGCGCUGGCCAACCUGCGGCAGACCAUCGGGCCGUGGACGUACGCAAAAAAAUGCUCGAUUACCACGGUGGCCACGUGCGUGUACGGUCAACCGAUGAUCGACUCACGCGUGAAUGCGUUCGCGGAACAGUGCGACAAGGCGCUGCAGCGACCGGCCGUCACGGACUACUUUACCACGUACGACCUGUCGUCCAUCAGCGGCAGGGGCGCGUCGUCAACCGACUUCAAACAAUUGCUGAGAGAAGCUGCCGCAGCGGACCAAAACGAAUCGUCCGAUGUUACCGACAAACAAGUAAGACAAGACAUGUUUGAGUUCAUAACGGGCGCUAUAGAACCAACGGCAGCAUUAGUUACGGCUGCUCUAUAUGUAUUGUCACGCGAUCAAAACAUCCAAGAUAAACUCAGGGAACAUUUGGACGUUGUGCUCGAUAAGCACCAGCAAAGAAUUACAAUAGACCAAUUGGAUAGAUUGACUUACUUAGAAAAUGUGUUGGAAGAAACGUUACGGAAGUACCCGCUGGUGGCCGUGGUGCGACGAUUGACCACGAAAUCAUACGUCGUGCCUGACGGUGGCCAAUCUGUGCUAGAACCGGGCACGCUGGUCGCGGUGCCCGUACACGCGUUCCACCACGACCAGACACACUUUACCGCGCCGGAAAUGUUCCUGCCGGACCGGUUCCCCGGGCAACUGUCGUCCGCAUACAUGCCCUACGGCAGCGGUCUGCGGUCCCACAUCGGAAAACAUUUCGUGGCAGUAGAAGUCAAGCUCAUUAUAGCCAUGCUGGUAUCGCGGUAUGCAAUACAUGUAGACAGUGAUGAACCAGGUCGGUCGCCCGAUCCUUUCGACCGGACGUCGUUUGCCGGCGUGCGCGUGAAGCUGACUAACCAUAACGGAGUUAAAGAACCGGCUAUGUACGAAUCGUUGCGAAAAUGUCAUAGGGGCAACAAGAAAUUCCUACUGUUUCGAUGACCACAACAUGACUAACCACGAAUUUUUUUUUUUGCUAUUGUUCUUAUUAUUCUUGCCGUUACCAUUAUAUUAUUAUAAUACUGUAGUGAUUUA